GCCCCCCCUUCCCUCACUAAUGGCCGGACUCUGAUACAGCUGGAGCCACUGACCUCCGAUGACUCUGACAACUACAAAUGCAUUGCAAGCAAUGACCAUGCAGAUGCCAUCUACACUGUGUCCUUGCUGGUGACAGAAGGUGAGCGAGCUCCCUCCUCCUGGCCUUUCCUCUUAGGGACCAGACUCCCCCUGUCUGACCCUGUCCAUCUCUGUGUCUUCAGGUCAAGAGAAAAUGGAUUUUAAAAAGAUGUUGAAGAAGAGGUGAGGCUGGGAGGCCCCUCUGCCUAGGUGCUGUCCCUCCACUCUCCAGGCUAGAGCUUCCUGAAGGCCUUUCAGCAGGGCCCUGAGCUAAUGGCCCAGGCUCCAAGAACCCAUGAAGUAGGGAGGGGAAUCACAAGGGUAGGAGAGGCUCCCUCUGUCUUCAGAGGGAGGUGCUGAGUCCAAGCUUGGUACCCACCUCCUCCCAGGGCACCCCCUGCUCCCAAGAAGCAGCAGAAGAAGGGGAUAGGUGAGAAAGAGAUGUUGGAGAUUUUGUCCAAGGUGCCCAAGAAGGACUUUGAGAAGGUCUGCAUGGAGUACGGUUUCACUGACUUCCGGGGUCUGCUCAAGAAGCUCAAAGAGAUGAAGAAAGUGGAGGUGGAGACCAUCCGGAUUCUGAAGCCCCUGGAAGACAUAGAGACCAAGAUUGACACCACUGUGGUCUUUGACUGCAUCAUGGAGCUGAAGGACCCCAAUGUCAAGAUGACAUGGAUGAAGGUGUGGGGGGCACCUAGGCAGGGCCUGCCCCGGCAAUGUCAUUUCCUCUCUGCACCUCCCCCCUUCACAGAGCCCCCUCAUUAUCCAUCAGCCAGGUCCUCUCUUCCAUCCCAGCAAGAGGAUGCCUCCUGGUAUGAUUGAAACUGGCUGGGAGCUGGGCUCUAUUCUUAGCUCUUCCAUCACUUUGCUUUUU